AUGGCAGACCUCGAUACUGGUGCAUCGGCGCCUCCAGCCAAGAAAAAGUUCUCUCUUUUUAAGAAGAAGUUGACCCCAGCGCAAGCUCCAGAGCUUAAACCCGGGAUGGACCAUACAGAUGCUUUUAGUCGCGCAAAAGAUCUGUUUCCACUACAUGCUAGGGAGAGGGAGAUUAAGAGGGAAAAGAAGGUCGCGAGCUUAGAGAGAAAGCGGACAUCGCAGAGCAGGGAGAAAUCAUCUUCAAGUCCGAGAGUGGAAAAGAGAAGGAAGUUUUCGAAUGAGGAUGUGCGUGGGAAGGUGGAUUUGGGUAGUGAGACGGAAGAUGAGGAACCGGCUAGGGAAUCGUCCAUAUCGACACCUGAUAGUCGCAAGUCGCAAACAAGAUCCCCGCAGAAAAAGCGUCGUUCGCCGGGGGGUUUGAUGGGUCGUUUUGCAAAAGAUAUACAUAGCAGAAAUAUGGAGAGCGGAGAACAGAAAGUUAUUGCAAAGGGCUAUAUAUCUGUGAGCGAUAGCGACAGCGACGAUGCCGCGCCUGUUACGCAGCGAAUGGAUAGAAGUUCCUCUCCCAUUAUAACAUCGGCCGAACCAAUUCCUAUCGUUGAUGACGACGACGAUGAUGCAUUUUCCGAAGAGGAAUUUCCGGAAUUAUUGGCAAAGGCACGAGAAAACAAGAGACUUGCGGAUCUAGCCCAACAUAGGAGUAAUGUCGAAUGGGCAAAUAAAAAUCAUGAACCGGACAGAAAUGCAGUCGAUGACGAUGUUUUCCAAGAUAAUAAGAAAACUGAACCUACAUUAGAAAUUUUUAUAUCGUCUCGACUGGAAAACACCAAGAAUUUAAUCAUCAGGCGGAAACUUCAUCAGCGUCUUCGAGAAGUUCGACAGGCUUGGUGUGGGAAACAGGAAAUAGACGGAAUACACAUGAAUGAAGAAUUGAAAGAUUCGAUUUUACUCACCUGGAGAAACAAAAGAUUGUUCGAUUCCAUGACAUGCGCAUCCCUUGGCCUCGACUUUAACACGAAUGGCGAUGUCGAUACCACAGGUGAGGGUUUCAAUAGUGGUAGAAUACAUAUGGAGGCAUGGACAAACGAUCUCUGGGACGAAUGCUGCAAGGCAGCCGAAGCCGAAGAAAUCAGCGAUGAUGAAGAAGAACCUGUUGAAGUCGUACCCGAGCCAGUCAACAAGAUGAGAUUGAUACUGAAAGCUCAAUCGAAGGAUAUCAAGGAAUUUAAAACUUAUGUGAAGCCCACAACGACGAUCAAGAAAUUGGUAGAUGGAUUCAGAAGUACGAAUAAGAUACCCGCGGAUAAGAAAAUUGUUCUAAGCUUCGAUGGGGAUCAUUUGGAAAUUGAUUCUACAGUGGAAGAGGCGGGUUUCGAUGAUAUGGAUACAGUGGAUGUCUUGAUCAGAUGA